AUGCAGAGAGCUUUCACAGCCCGCGCGCGGACUUCCGCUCUGAAGUCGAGCGCCAGGAGUUUCAACCUCCAGCAACAGAGGUUUGCUCACAAGGAGCUCAAGUUCGGCGUCGAAGCACGCGCUUCCCUGCUCAAGGGUGUCGACACAAUCGCCCGCGCUGUCUCCACAACACUCGGUCCCAAGGGUCGCAACGUCCUCAUCGAGUCCAGCUACGGCUCCCCCAAAAUCACAAAGGAUGGUGUAACCGUCUCCAAAGCCAUCACCCUCGAGGACAAGUUUGAAAACCUCGGUGCUCGUCUCCUCCAGGAUGUCGCCUCCAAGACCAACGAGGUUGCUGGUGACGGUACCACAACCGCCACCGUGCUCGCUCGCGCCAUCUUCUCCGAGACGGUCAAAAACGUCGCCGCCGGAUGCAACCCCAUGGAUCUGAGGCGCGGAACCCAGGCUGCUGUUGAGGCCGUCGUCGAAUAUCUGCGCGCGAAUAAGAAGGAGAUCACCACCAGCGAGGAGAUCUCCCAGGUCGCCACCAUCUCUGCCAACGGCGACACACACAUUGGCAAGCUCCUCUCCAACGCCAUGGAGAAGGUCGGCAAGGAGGGUGUCAUCACCGUCAAGGAGGGCAAGACCACCGAGGACGAGCUUGAGGUCACCGAGGGAAUGAAGUUCGACCGUGGUUACAUCUCCCCCUACUUCAUCACCGAUGCCAAGAGCUCCAAGGUCGAGUUCGAGAACCCUCUCGUUCUUCUUUCUGAGAGGAAGAUCUCCGCUGUUCAGGACAUCAUCCCCGCUCUCGAGGCUUCCCAGCAGCAGCGCCGCCCUCUUCUUAUCAUCGCUGAGGACAUUGACGGCGAGGCUCUCGCUGUCUGCAUUCUCAACAAGCUCCGUGGCCAGCUGCAGGUCGCCGCUGUCAAGGCCCCAGGCUUCGGUGACAACCGCAAGUCUAUCCUUGGUGAUCUCGCUGUCCUGACCAAUGCUACCGUCUUCAACGACGACCUGGAGAUCAAGCUUGAGAAAGCUACCGCAGACAUGUUCGGUUCUACCGGAGCUGUUACCGUCACAAAGGAGGACACCAUCUUCUUGAACGGCGCUGGCAGCAAGGACGCUGUCGCUCAGCGCUGCGAGCAGAUCCGCGGCGUUAUGGCCGACCCCUCCACCUCUGAGUACGAGAAGGAGAAGCUCCAGGAGCGUCUUGCCAAGCUCUCUGGUGGUGUUGCCGUCAUUAAGGUCGGUGGUGCCUCUGAGGUUGAAGUCGGUGAGAAGAAGGACCGCAUCGUCGAUGCUUUGAACGCCACCCGUGCUGCCGUCGAGGAGGGUAUUCUCCCCGGUGGUGGAACUGGUCUCCUCAAGGCCUCCGUCAACGCCCUUGCCAACGUGAAGGCCGCCAACUUCGACCAGCAGCUCGGUAUCACCAUCGUCAAGAACGCCAUUACCCACCCUGCCCGCAAGAUCGUCGAGAACGCCGGUGCCGAGGGCUCCGUUGUUGUUGGCAAGCUCACUGACGAGUUCGGCAGCGACUUCAACAAGGGCUUCAACUCCGCCAAUGGCGAGUACGUCAACAUGAUCGAGGCCGGUAUCCUUGACCCCUUCAAGGUCGUCCGUACUGCCCUGGUCGAUGCCUCUGGUGUUGCCUCGCUCCUUGGUACAACCGAGGUCGCUAUCGUUGAAGCCGAGUCGAAAUCGCCAAUGCCUGCUGGCAACCCCAUGGCAGGGAUGGGCGGAAUGGGCGGAAUGAUGUAA